AUGAGGUCACUCCAAGCCCAAAGAGCUAUCGGCCAUCGCCGGGCUCCGCUCCACUCUCUCCACCGGCUUUCUUACGGAAACAACGCGCCGGGCACCAGCGGUCAUCCAAUAUUGAGGACCGCCUCCAAUGCCAAAUCAAUCCUGGAGAAGAGACAGGCAGCCGAGAUGCGGGAAACGGAGGAGGAGGGUCGUAUGAUGAAGAGAUCGAUGAGACGAAAGACGUCGGAGCUGCUCAGGCAGGGGUUGCUAGGAGUGGCGGAGUGCGGCGCGCGUAGCGUACUCAAAUACCGUCAACACCAAAGCAAUGGGUUGUGGGAGCUCAGCUGGGGACGGAGUCGAUAA